GAGCAUUUCGUCCUGCUUGCUCUGAGAGGACAGGGUGAACCGCUGCCUCAUUCCCCGUCUUUGAAAAUGCCUGUUCUGUUUCCACAUCCGUUUGGAGCCGGGCCUGCCUGAGGGUGUAGAUAUCCAAACCGCUGAUGGAGAAGAAGCGCCGUGCACGCAUCAACGUGUCCUUAGAGCAGCUCAAGUCGUUGCUGGAGAAACACUACUCGCACCAGAUCCGGAAACGCAAGCUGGAAAAGGCCGACAUUCUGGAGUUGAGCGUCAAGUACAUGAAAAGCCUUCAGAACUCCUUGCAAGGGCUCUGGCCGGUAGCCAGCGGAGCCGAGUACCCGACGAGCUUCCGGGGCUGCCUACCCGGUGUGAGCCAACUCCUACGGCGCGGAGAGGAGGGCGGCCUGCGCUGCCCCCUGGUGCGGGAGCUCGCAGGUGGCAGCACCACGGACAGCACCAGCUCUGGCCCGGAGGCGCCCGCUCUGGGCGGCCCCAGUGGUCCUGCUGUCUGGGCUCCUGCUCCGACUGCCAGCGGCCGGCGGUCCCCACCACCCAGGCUCCUCUUCCCCGGCGGUGUCCCUAGCCCCUCCACCAGCGUCUCAGCGCCUCUGCCAGCGUCGUGCCGCCGGGCCGAGAACCCGGGGCCUGGGCUGCGCGUGUGGCGGCCCUGGUGAGGCCUUGGACUCAAAGGGGGCCCCGUCUGGUCUGGCGUGAAGACUGGCAAGAGCUAACCCGAAUGUCUCUCGUGGGAGCGGUGCACUGGGCAAAGACCCAAGGGCAGCAUUCUGGACCCAGAUCCUGCAGAAACCGGACCUCCGGACCUCUAGGACGUUCAGAGCCCACAACCCUCGACGGCCCUCGGAGCGUCUGUGCCAGUUUGCUGGUCUAUAAUGAGGUCAUUGUUGCGCUCGGACUUGGGUGUGGGAGUCUUCCAAGUCAGUUUUUCUUCCCCUGGGCUUCUAGCGAGGGACUUCCUGGGGGUGGGGUCAGAGAUCUGGCACCUUCUCCUCCCAGGUUGUAAUUCGUAAUAAAGAUAAGGCGAACCCGUGUCAUGGGUAUAAAGAG